AUGUUGUACCAUUUGAAAGAUGCGGUUCUUGAAGGAGGGAUUCCAUUCAACAAGGCAUUUGGUAUGGACGCUUUCGAGUACCAAGGGGCCGACCCGAGAUUCAACAAAGUGUUCAAUAAUGGAAUGUCCAACCACACGACCAUCGUCAUGACCAAGAUUCUUGAGACCUACAAAGGAUUUGAGGGAUUGUCUUCGUUGGUAGAUGUUGGCGGUGGCAUUGGAGUCACUCUCCGUAUGAUUGUUUCCAAGCACCCACACAUCAAAGGCAUCCUUUAUGAUCUCUCUCAUGUCAUCGAGGAAGCUGCUUCCUAUCCCGGUAUUGAACAUAUUGGGGGAGAUAUGUUUGUGAGUGUCCCUAAAGCAGAUGCCAUCUUCAUGAAGUGGAUAUGUCAUGAUUGGAGCGACCAACACUGUUUGAAAUUCUUGAAGAACUGCUAUGAAGCGCUCCCAGACAACGGGAAAGUGAUAGUGGCGGAAUCAAUACUUCCGGUGGUGCCAGACUCGAGCCUCAUGACAAAAGAAGUUGUGCACAUGGACUGUCUCAUGUUGGCUCACAACCCCGGAGGCAAAGAACGGACCGUGAAGGAGUUUGAGGCGUUGGCCAAAGGUUCGGGCUUCCAAGGCUUCCAAGUUGUCUGCAGAGCCUAUGGUACUCACAUCAUGGAAUUCCUCAAGAAGAUGUGA